UUUGCAUUACCAACACUUAUAUAAAAUGUUAAUAUUUUCACGGUUGUGCAUAGCUACCAACGCAGCCAUCCAACUUGGGAUGUCAUUCCUCAAUGCUCUUGCCCUUGGACAGUUGAAUGAUGAGAGGCCGAUUUUAAUGCGCCUACUUUCUGAUCUACCUUGUAAACUAUCUCAUUUAACUGGAUUAGAAAUUUCAGCAGUAGAUAUGACCAAAUUUAGGACUAUAAUGCGACAGAGAUCUAAUGGAAUAAUGGAUCCAAGUUUUGUCAAAAUUUAUACUUUGUUUUCUGGACCGAAUCCCGAAGCCGAUAUACCCCGUGAAGAAACCGCUGACGAGCUUUCAAAACGUUUGGAAGAUCUCAUGCCAACGAAAAUAAAUCAAAUUUUACCUCUGCCAUCAGAAACUGUGUAUUUACCUGCUUCCAUGGAUCUAAUAGCCCUAGACAAGUAUAUUUGGAAAUUAAAUUACAAAGUUCUUCCUGAUGUUGUUAACGAAGAAGAAAACGAAUCUCCCAAGGAGAAUGUCGAUGAUAUUAGAAAAUUGCCUAAUCGUGAACACGUGUCAACGGAAGAUGCUUCUCGUAGUAAAAACGAGAUCACACGCUAUGAAGAGGAAACUGUGUCGGGCAGUAUGGAUGAAGGUUUAAAAUCCAAUCGCGGCGGAGGAACACAAGAAAAACCAAUUGAAACUAUUGAAAUACAUCAGGAUACCGUAAUCCCAAAGCAUAAAGAAGUUAAUGAAGAACUCACAGUCACAGAUGACGUACUCAGCCACAUAGAGAAUACAGGCGGAGAGAGUUUGGAACACGCUAUUACAACCUGCUCUGUCAAGGCCCUAGAAAGUAAAGACUGCGUAUUAGGAAUCGAAAAUGAGAAUAUGAAUCAAAAGGCAGAAGAAACCUCUACUGAGUUCGUCGAAGAUUUAAUAAAUGAUUCCAAUAUGCCUAGAGGCAGAAUCAAGUCAAUAAUCCACAGUACAAGUCUCGAUCCUCAGUUAUUAUUAAAUGAAGAAAAUAUAGGGGAGCAAAAGGUUUUCUCCGAACUUACGGAAACUGUAUCAAACAAAGAAGCGCAAAACAUUGUCAACUCGAAAGAUUUUGCUACCGAAACGCCAAAUGAUGAUACUUCUGCUGAAUACAACAGAAGUACUAGUGGUCUAGAUAGAGAUAGUACAAAUAGUUUUGUGACUCAACAUACUAUCAAACGGCCAACAACUACAGAAGGCACCGAGGAAACGCAACCCACACUGGCAAAAGGCGAAAACACAUUAGAGCCUAAUAGGCAAUUGCAGAACGUUGAAUACCCCAAUUAUUCAAAACCGACGUCUGCCACAGGGAUAAAUGACACUCAUGACAUACAAUCCCCGACAAUAGACCGGGAUAAGAUUAUCCAAAAGCCCUGGUUACCAAAUUACAUUGAAGCUCGCAAAAGUUGGCAUGUAGAACCACCUAAGAUUCGAAGCGCUGAAAGCUUUGAUCGUGAUGAUUGGAUGCGCAAGCCAUUACCCAAAUCAAAACCAGUUAAAGAUGUUACCAGUAGAAUCGAACGAACAAAUACGGCAGUCGACAAACCUUACUCUGGUGCAACUACAUCUAUCCAUAGUGAUAGACAGUUCGGUGGAGUUGUGGAUAAAUUUGAAACUGACAAACUUACUAAUUCUGUCACAUUCACUAACGAUGUAGUGUACAAUACAUCUGCAGAAAUGGAAGGUGACUAUGCAGUCCAACCACAGCCUGUUGAAAAGGCUAGGGCGCAAAUUUUGGAGGAAACAAAAAAGGAGGCAACCAAAAUAACUAACAGUACGCAAGAAAUAAAAACUAAGCCUUUAGGAGCAUUAAAAAAUAGAGUGCCUAUGCCUUCUCGUAUUCCUGUACGCAAGGAAGAACAUUCGGUUGGUAGAACUAAGACAAAGAAUAUAGUUGGGAUGCCCAAUGAGAAGGCAGGUAUCUCCUUCAAGGGUCAUAGCAAACUCCCUUUACGCAAAAUGAAAACGCAAUAUGGAAAGAAAUCUCUCAAAGAUUCAUACCCGAUUGUUUCCAAACUAAAAAGUAUGCGUAAAACAGCUCUUAAUAAAGAGGGGGUGUCACUCGCUAUCAACAGCAGUCAUCUUGAUAGCAGAGUGGAUCGGUCUUCUGGUUUCUUUUUUUAUUUCAAUAAGACCGCUUAUCGCUCUUUCAGUAAUUUAAUAAAAAUUCACGACUUAAAAGAGUCGUUUAAUGUUUUCUCAAAUUAUCGAUUCGAGCGAAUAAAUGCAAGUGUCAAAGACACGCUACGUAAGUUUGCUAAUAUUUCUCACUUUCGGGAAGAUGGUCAUGCCUACGAUCAUGAUCCAAAUUUGGUGGCAGACAUAGUCGAUUGCCAUGACCCAGGACCCUAUGGGCAUUAUUUACCACUAGAUGCGGUGCUUCUAAGUAGUGAAGGAUUUGUACCAGUUGAGAGUUUUGCUGGAAGAGAACAUGAAACCAAAGUAGCCCACGAGUUAUAUGGAGGAUGGUUCGAACCAUUGGCAAUAGUAGUAUUGAAAAGUCAAAACGCUAUUCACAGAGACGUGGGUUUGGCCAUGUAUAACGAGAUAGAAGGUGGCAUUAAAUACGAAGAAAAGACCUCUAAAGGUUACGUGUCCCUUACACUGGCUGCUGUCGACAAGGAAUAUAAUUAUCUUGACUCAACAACAUCAGAAGUCACACUACGCUUUCCAUUAUGGUAUUUUAUAUAUAAGCUUUCAGGCGUAUGUUUGGGAUUGGGUGCCUCAGAAAUAGCGGUAUCAAAGCUUUUUCAUGCACUUGACUUGACAAUAAAGGCCCCAGGGCUUAUGAGAUCGCUUGGUUUUGAUACUGAAACGAAAACUCACACUAUUGCCACAGCGCUAAACACAACGGUACCAAUAUCAAACAACAGCUCGUUACGACUACUAAACGAGCAUGCAGAGCUUGUGCCACAGAGACCACAUGAUGCUGUCACCGUAUUCCAAGACACAUAUGCAGACCUCUUAGAAUCAUUGGAUGAUAUAUAUGAAGGAGAUAGCAUUUACGCUGUGGAAUCUUUUCUAACAAGUAGGAGCCGCACCUACAGUAUUUUGAUCUCAUUGAUAUGUUUCAAUAUUUUGGCAACACUCCUCUCAGUCGUCGUAAUAUCUUAUAUGCUGGUACAGUCUCGGCAAACAGUGUCCAAAAAAAUUAGGAUGACGUCAUACAACAUUUUGUGCCGUCUAUUCUCAUGCCAAUGGAGGAAUAGCAGCUAAACUGCUUUUGUGUAUAUUAAAUAGUUGCAACGUAUGUUGCGUUCGCGCCUUAAACGGUUUCCUACACCUUUAGUUGUGUGCUGAUUAUAUGACU